AAGUGACAAUGAAGUGUGCAUCAUUGUUUUGUGUGUGGAUAAUUAUAGGAUUUGUUCGAACUGAUUCGAAUUUUACUUUUACGUAUGACAUGGCAAAGCAAUGCAAGGAGCAUGUAAGUCAGCACGGUUACAGCUAUGACACAUUUUAUCGAGUGGACUACGAGGAUAGAAAGGAUUUACGAUCAGAUCCGAGUAUAGUAUUCGAAAUGCACCUGGCUAUAUUAGCGGCUAGUAACGGUCACAUUCUUCUGUCAUCAGUUUCUAGGCCUGACGCUUCAGACCCUGUUUAUGAAAUCGUUGUUGGUGGUGGAGCAAAUAAGUUUACAGAGCUGAGAGGAAACCUAAAAAGAAACGCAAGGGCUUCCGCGAAGACCGUCGGCAUUCUAUCUCCGGUUAACUUCAGAGCUUUUUACAUUAAAAUAACCGAAGACGGUCUAAUUGAGUUCGGGCGGGAGGGUGAUAUAUUACCGAUAAUUUCGUAUCAAGAUAUGGAUCCAAUAAGUGUACGAUACUUUAGCUUCGCCUCAUGGAAUGGAGUCGAAGCCAAGUUUCUUUACGACUGUCCAAUACCUUUGGCUAAUGGAUCUGAUGUAACACCCAAUUCUCAAACGGUUGAAAAAACGCUAUCAAGCUCUGAGGUGUUAAAACGAACUCUGCUAUUUAAUAGAGAUCCAAAUUUACCUCCCGAAUCAAAAUUCACAGUAAACAUGGGAGUUAUAGUCACGAGUAUCACAUACGACGCCUUUGAAUCCAAGCUCAGUACUGGAGUGUCCAUUGUUAGGAAAUGGACAGACAAUAGCAUGGCAUGGAAUCCAAGUAAGUUCAAUGGAACGACCUACCUCACAUUUCGUCAAGGACAAAUAUGGACUCCUACGUUAUCAGUUUUUAACUCAGAUACAGUUAGUAUGUUAGACUCUAAGAAUCCUGAAUUAAUAACAGUCGUGAAUAGUGGUGAGGCAACUUUGCACAUGCAGACAACUAUUCAGUCUUGGUGUUUUGACUACGUGAAUACUAUAACGAAAUGGCCACGUGAUGAGUAUGUUUGUACAAUAAUUAUAGAGCCCUGGGAACUCCAGGACCAAAUACUUCUAAAACAACUUGACCCUUCGAGCGAUGCAAUGAAAGGGUUUACAGUGAUAGAUGAAGUUAUCCAAAACGCUUGGGACGUAACUACUUCGCAACGCGUAGUCAAUUCCACGUUUUGGAAUGAUUUGUAUGCUUUAAAUGAUAACAGUACAGUGAUGUAUGACAGAUUCGUCAUGACUGUUGGUUUGAAACGAAGGGCCACUGCGUACAAUAUUGUGUUUUACACACCUUUGUUAGUACUAGUGACCUUUGUCCUCCUAUCAUUCUGGAGUGAUCGCUUGAACAUGAAGAGAGUUUGGUUCUACGGCUGUUGUACUGUCGUCAUUUGUAUGGGAUUGUGCAAUAUCGACUUUUUGGUACCGAGUCACUCAAUUCCCUCUGUUAUGAUUCUAUACGUGACUGUACUGGGGGGAGUGUUGCUGGCACUUCUGAUUCAUGUUGUAAUGAUGACGUCACUAGCCGCUAAACUCUGUAAGACAACAUUUAUACAGAAUCAGCUGACGUCGCAGUGGUUUAGGACGUUAUUCUGUUUGCCGCCUUUGAAGGUAUGUCAAAUAUACGAAACCGUUGAUGAGUGUUAUGGAAGACAGGAAGACGAAGAACCCAGUGUGCUGACUCGAAGUGGAGCAGUAGAAGAAAUGCAAAGUGACAACACAGAGUACAGCGAAUCUAUGGAACUGGCGGAGGCCAUAGACAAGCUCAUGUUUGUUGUAUACUCUGUAACGUUCGCUGUCAUGCUCGCACUGCAUUUUUAAAUACAAUCAAUUCUGCCUAAAUUAUAUUCUAAAUAUAUUAGAAAAAAUGAUGUG